CCGAGAAUUAAGAUAUCAGGGCCCGUAUCAAAUAAGUGCUCAUGUCGUUUGUUUAGAGUCACUCCGACGGGGAAAUUAAUGGGAAGCGAACGGAGCUCGAUGGAGAAGAAGAGGAGCAGAGCACGGAGCGAAGAUCCUUCUUCGUCUUCCGAGAACGAAGAAAGAGUUAAGAGGCAUAGAGGAACAGAGAAAGAUGAUGAGAGGAGAAGUAGUAGGAGAAGUGAGAAGAAGAAGGAGAAGAAAUCUCACAAGCACCACCGAUCGAGUACAUCAAAGAAGUCGAAGGAUGAUAAGCACAAAAAGAAAGAAGCAGAAGUUGACCACAAGCUUAAAGAGGGGAUCCCAGAGUUGUCAAGUGAGGAUUACUUCUCUAAGAACAACGAGUUUGCCACAUGGCUGAAAGAGAAGAAGCGCACUUACUUCAAUGAUCUCACGACCGAAUCUGCAAGGGAGUUGUUUUCUCGCUUUGUCAAGGCUUGGAACAGAGGGAAACUCGAGUCCCGAUACUACGAGGGUAUCUCCACUGCCCCACGAACAGCUCACAACUGGAAGAUCAAGCAGAAGUGAAAACAAGAAGCAAAACCUUCCUCUGCUUAACUCUCUACUUGCUUCUUGAACGUUUGGAGGUUGAUGAUAAAAAAGAUACCUUCUUCAGUUUUUCUUAUCAAGAGCUCUUGCUGCGAAACUUGUUAGAUAGAUUGUGGUUGAGACGCGUUUGUAGUUGGUUUACAGAGGAAAAAACGAAUCUUUACAUCUAAGUUGCUGAAGAACUAUCUCAUAUAUCCUCAGGACCUCAUGUAUACUUUAUGACUUCUUUAUAGGCAAAAUCUAUCUUUAGUUUAUACU